UGCUCCCUGCUCUGUUGCUACUCAGUUGUUGUAGUAACCAGGAAGAUUAGACGUGAUGAUCCAGUGUUCUGGUGUCGGCUAAGCUAGGUUUUAGCAGCCUCUUAAGAAAAGGACUGGUUCGUUUAUUUAUGAUUUAUAUUUGAUUUGCACUGUCGCAGCCAUCACGUAGUCACCAUUGAGCGUGCACUUAGCUAGCUAGCUUUGUUUGUAAAUUAGAAUACAAAUGUUAAGGCUAUUACACAGUUUGUGUGGAUAUAACUCCUAAUGUUCUAUUAGCGCAAAAGGAUUAAGAUGCAAUGUUUAAACCAAGGCUCCUAAUCCCGAGAAGAUUUGAACUUUACUGCAGCGAAGAUGCCAGCAGUGAUCCGGGAUAAGGACGACGCUGAGACCUCCUCAGAGGAGGAGCAGGACCACCAGCCGUGCAUCUCAUGGAGUGGUGUGAGCAGGACCAUCCCAGUUCUUAUCUUCUUCCCCGAAGCUGUUGUUUCCAAAGAGGAGAAUUUCUGCUCGGUCGGAGAGAGAUGCAACAUGGCCUUCAAGAUUGUUCGCACGGAGAGCCGCCUGGUACGAGGGAUACUGAGCAACCAUGGAUUCCGUGAGGUUCACCCCAACAGUAACGACUUCAACCUCAUGUGGACGGGGUCUCACCUCAAGCCUUACAUCCUGCGCAGUCUUCACGACUUCCAGAAAGUCAACCACUUUCCCAGGUCGUAUGAAUUGACCAGAAAAGACCGUCUCUAUAAAAACAUCCAGCGGAUGCAGCAGACUUAUGGCUUCAAAAACUUCCACAUUGUUCCCCAGACCUUUGUGCUUCCCUCGGAGUACCAGGAGUUCUGCAAUUGUUUUGCCAAAGACCGCGGCCCGUGGAUCAUAAAACCAGUAGCAUCUUCACGGGGCCGAGGCAUCUACUUGGUCAGCAACCCAAAUCAGAUUUCGAUGGAUGAAAACAUCUUGGUUUCACGCUACAUCAACAACCCACUCCUCAUAGAUGAGUUCAAGUUUGACGUGCGUUUGUACGUGUUGGUAACAUCAUACGAUCCGCUCAUCAUCUACGUGUACGAGGAGGGCCUCGCGAGGUUCGCCACAGUAAAGUACGACCGCACCUCGAAGAGCAUCAAGAACACGUUCAUGCACCUCACCAACUACAGCCUGAACAAAAAGAGCAGCGACUAUGUCAGCUGCGAUGACCCUGAAGUUGAGGAUUAUGGGAACAAGUGGAGCAUGAGUGCAGUGUUGAGGUAUUUGAGACAGGAAGGGAAGGACACCACAUUGCUGAUGAGGCAGGUGGAGGACCUCAUCGUCAAAGCCCUGCUGAGUGCAGAGCUGCAAAUCGCCACCGCCUGCAAGAUGUUCGUCCCUCACAAGACAAACUGCUUUGAGCUGUAUGGUUUCGAUGUGCUCAUCGACUCCAACCUCAAACCCUGGUUGCUGGAGGUGAAUCUGUCUCCCUCUCUGGCCUGUGAUACACCCUUGGAUCUGAAGAUAAAGGCCAGCAUGAUUGCAGACAUGUUUUCGCUUGUGGGGUUUGUGUGUCAGGACCCACUGUCAAAGCAGCCUCGCUCUGACCGGGUCACUCAGGACUCCGGCCUCAAACACUCGGCAGCAGCUAGAACACAGCAACAGAAGGCCACGUCAGCCAGUCACCCAGAAACACAGGGGUCAAAGGAGAAGCCCGCAGCCAGACCAGGUCAGGGGGACAGCACUUUGAGCCUGACUGCUGAGGAGGUCAAAGUGCUGAGGAGGAUAAAGGAGGAGUAUGAGAGACGCGGAGGCUUCAUCAGGAUCUUUCCCACCGCAGAAACGUGGGAGCUCUAUAGUGGAUAUCUGGAGUCCAAGACGUCCAUGAACCACAUGUUGGCCAACCGACUUUUCCAUGGAAGGCAUGUGAACGGGAAUGUGCAGCUGCAGGUGGACGGCGUCCAUCGCUGUCACGUCGUCCAGUACGAGAGGAAGCUGCUGUCUCUGGAGGCACGUAAGAGGAGACAGCGCCACCUGACUCUUCGCUCAGCCGCGGCGAAGGAGAAGAAGUCGGUGCUGCAUACCUCAGGGAAGGGAUCCAAGGCCUCCCCGACUGAGAGCGGUCCGGAGGGAGAGGAGAGCGCUCGGGAGGAAAAAGAGGAGGGGAAACGACUCCUCAUGCCAGUCUCACACAAGGCUUUGGUAGCGGAGCAAAUAAAACAAGUGGCCACACCACUGGAGCGCGGCCAGACUGAGACGGCGUCCAGCUCACAGGCAGCCGCGCACAAUGCCAGGCCCAGAGUCGACCUGCUCAACAUCCUUCAGCAGGGCUGGGACCUCAGCAAGGUGCAGGCCAGGAUGGCGUUUUCUUCGUACCUGCAGAGGGUCCAGCAAAGACUGUUGACCGAGAGCAGAGCCACCAGUGUAGCAGCCUGGCCAGAGAAGGACCACGACCACAUGGAGCUCGUGAUUCGCUUCCUGAAAAAAGCAGCCAGUAACCUUCAACAAGACAUUAAAAUGGUGCUGCCCAGUCGACAGUUACCUCUCCAAGACCGCAGACGCAUCCUCUCCCACCAGCUGGGGGAGUUUAUUCACUCUUACAACAGGGAAACUGAAGAAAUGGUGAAAAGGCCGGAGAACAGCAGAGCAGAGGAGCAGAGCAUUGAUCCCAGUGUAUUUCAGGAGUAUAUCACUGCAGCAAGUGAAAGUGAGCUGGAGGAAGUGCUGACAUUCUACACACAGAAAAAUAAAUCGGCCAACCUCUUCAUCGGAACAAAAGUCAGGAGUGUUAAGAAAGACGUUUGUGAAGUAAAUGCCUCGGGAGAUUCUGGCAACUUUGAGAAUUCCAAAACUGUGUCGGUGGCCAAGGAGGACGUCAGUAGCUCAGAGUCAUCGCUCGCCGCAGUGACAGUCAGCAGUGACCCAGACAUCAAGGCCUCGGAGAGACAACCUGCUGGACGAGCGCCGUCUGAGGAGCAACAGACAGCGGUUGGAACCGGCAGAGCGCAGCCAGAUGUCCAGGCGUCUCAGCGCGGCUCCAGCCUUCCUGUGACUUCAGACUGCGCACACGUCCAUGUGAAACACUGCUCUCCUGCCGCUGCGUCCCUCCCUCUGCACCGCCCGCCUCCUCAGCCUCCGUCCUACGCAAAGUGUUUGGCAAAAUCUCAGUUCUGCCACCCUGAGGCUCUCUCCGACCCCCCCGCGUACUCUUCUUCACCUACGGUCACGCAGCCCCAAAGAGUGAUGUGGGCGGCCGCGGCGGCGGCGGCGGCGUCCUCUGCACCCACCGCCGGCGCGGGGGGGGGGGUGGGUCCCCCCACCCCCCCCGCCGUCACAACUGUGCAGUCAACUCAGGGGCUCAGGAGGAUCCAGUCCUUUAACUCGCCGACAUCACACUCUGGAGCGCCCUCUUCCUUCCCGAGUGCUACACACAUCUACAGCCAGAAGUUCUCCAGACCGACCUCUGCUGGUCAAGUGAACAGGAGGAGCAGCUCCUCGAGGCCCAAGUCAAACCCAGGAGGAGUCUAUAAGGAGUUCACCUCCUUGUCCACUCAGGCCCAGUCCAACCAUCAGUCUCUCAUCUCAACCCUGCAGAAACUGGCAGACAAGCAGGUCGCCCGCCACUACGCCAGCUCCAGCCACAUCAACCUGCUAUCGCAGCACCUGUCCAGACUGAACCUGGCCAACAGGAUGCUGGGCAGAGACUGCUUCACCCUCAACCCUAAAGUGCGGCCCACCGUCACUGUGACCCCAGGUCCGGUGAAAGCUCUCCACUCUGGGACAGAUGUGCUCGGUAGCACUCGCGGCAGGUCAGUGAAGGAGGAUGAAGGCCUCUGGGACGGACAUGGACAGAAUGCCUACAGCUCAGUGUCAGAGGUCAAACCCCUGCACCGCCAUCAACCACCACCGGAGAGUUACCAGCUUCAGUUUGCUAUUCAGCAACUGCAGCAACAGAAACUCCAGGGUCGACUGUUUCUGGACCAGAGUCACUACAGAACCCAGCUGAAGCCACGGGAGAGAGUUCCUCACAGAAGAGAAUGGGAACUGCAGUAUCCAGGCACAUACAGUACAGCGUAUUCUGUGUGAGAGAAUGAGACAGGGGGCUGUUAUGGAACUCCAGUCCACGUUCCACUUACAGGGUGCAGACUGCACGGCUCCUCCAUAGGCUUGGCCCCGGGCCACCUGGCAGUCAAAGAAAGGUGCCCUCCCCGGCCCCGCUUAAACUGAGCGCCGGCCAUCGGCCUGGCAACCUGGAAACUGGGCUUCUCAUUUAUCAACACAGAAAUUACAUCAGAUAUUCCCUGUCACAAUGCCGGCCCUUUGAACGGCUAUGCUGUUAAGCUGGAAAACCAUUAGCAUGUUAGAUAACCGUAUAAAGCUGCGGAGAAAAUAGCACGGACGUGAGAUGUGGAUGGAAUGCAUUCUCCAGCAAUAUAAGGGCAGAGUCCAACGUGGCUCCGAAAUAUUAUGUCAGAAAGA